GUGAGCGAUGACGUGCGAUCUGUGCUAGAGUUUAGUUUGUCUGUGCUGAUUGGCGUCCAGUCUCUAUUCGGCAUCGUCUUUCAGAUCUUGAACAUAAUCGUUUUCAUAAAUCUGGGCCACAAAGAUGGCGUCACGCUGACGUUCCUGGCGCUGUCUCUCGCGGACGUCGGUCAGCUCCUGAUACCUCUGCUCACCUGCGCGUUCACCUGGGUCAACUUCGCGCUGCGGGAAAUGGAGUACGAUUCUUUCAUCGAUUUUAUCUCCUUGGUGUACAUCAGCAUCUGGUACGACCAUAUGUUCUGCGACAUAUCGGUUGCCGUGACGACGUACAUGGCCGUGCAGCGAUGCUGCUGCGUGGCGAUGCCGCUGCACUUCAGAAGCGUGUUCACGAAUAAACGCACCGCCCAGGCGCUGACCUGCAUCUCCGGCGCGGUCGUCGUCACAUACCUGCCCGUGUUCGCCACACAGGGCCUGCAGGUCGUGAACUCCAACGCGACGUCCCGAAAACUGGUGCUGUGGCUGAGCCCGCGGCGCCCCACAGUGCAGGGCGUCAAUGACGUCAUCAACAAGAUCAUUCUGAGAUCCGCAGCCCAAAUCAUCGUCGCAGUCUGUCUUGUCGUGCUUGCCGUGCAUUUGAUGGCGGCCUCGAAGUUCCGCCGCAAUUUGCGGUCGUCCCGCCAGGACGGCGCGAAACAGCGAGAGUCCCCGGCGAGCAUCUCGAGGCCAGACUUGCAGGUCAUCAAAUCGGUCACCCUGGUGUCCGUCAUGUUCGUGCUGUCCAACUGCCCGCGCCUGAUGUUCACGUACGCGCGGAGAAUCGAGCCGGAAUUCAACGUGCUGCGGGCGUACGAGAACCUCUACUACGUGCUCAGUCAGGUGUGCAACCUGGCCGAGUGCAUGAACGCGUCGCUGACCAUAUGCGUGUACGUCACUCACAAUUCGAGGUUCGCCGCUGUGCUCCGGAAAUACCUGUGCUGCCACUCUGAUAGCGUUGAUGAGUAACGAAACCACGAAUAUUAUGUGAUCUAAAAAAAUCAAUUUAAAAAAAAAAAAUGCAACUGUGUCAAUAGAUAACAAUGGUUAUUUUUGUCCUUGAAAUUGAUGGGAAUAUUUGAGGAGCCACUUUAAAUGCGAACAGCUUCCUUAAGGGGGCGUGCUUUGGGGUCGGUUUGGGGUCUGGAACUCACUGUUUGGUAGCUUGUGUAUAUAUAUUGUUUCCC